AUGAGUGAGACUAGAUUGAAUAAAGUUCUUCACAAACAAAUCCAGGAUUUGAAGCGUUGUAAUACACAAAAUGCACCGGUGCGAUUUCGCGUGAAAAAAUCACCAUUCGACGAUGACGACGAUGAAUGCGACACCAAAGAAGCAAGCGCUGUCGAUAAAACUUAUAAGCUUACUGGAUGUAUAUAUCCAAAUUCCGAUAUCUACAAAGAAGCAGCAUAUGAAAUUGAAUUAGGCUUGCACAAAACAUAUCCUCUGGAACCACCUGAAGUUCGAUUUCUUACUCCUUUUUAUCAUCCCAAUGUUGGCGGUGAUGGGAAAUUUUGUCACGAAGUAUUGAAAAAAACAGUGGAAUGGAAGUCGAAUACUACUCUCAUCGAUGUAGUGAAAGCAGUUGUGGACAGGAUUGAUAAACCGGAUGUUGAUCAAUCGAUAGUCUUUGAAGUGGGCAAGGAGUACGUCGAUAAUCGAGCUGAAUUCGAUCGUAAAGCAGCAGAAUUUGUUAAAAAACAUGGACUACCGCGAAACUAA